AUGGAUACAGAAGUUGAGGUUACUCCUCAGAACCUUUUCCGCUCGGCAAAGCGGCGCAAGUUUGCUCGUCGUCGCCAAGAUUCCGAUGGCGAAACGCCGACUGCUACCGCGACUGAAUCGGCCUCUGAGAACCCUGCAAAAGCUUCUCGAACACCCGAGCCUAUUGUACGAGAUGAAUCGGAUGAAUCGGAACAUGCGACUGGUGUAGUUCGUCUGCGAAGACCAAAGGCUCUACACAAAGGAGGAAUUGGCUUCUCCGCCACAGCACGGCCAUCAAGCAAGGCCGAAAAUGCUCAGACCGCGCUCGUGUCGUCUGAAGACCAAGAGAAGGAGACGAUCCAGGCGAUGGCAGAUCGUUUCCAGACAUACACGGGGCAGGGAGAAGAUGUUGACAAACACAUGAUGGCAUACAUAGACGCCGAGAUGGCUAAGCGCUUCCGCCGUGGCCCGGUAUCAGAGGACGUAUCAACAGAACAGCCAGACCCACGACCGGCGUCUGGGAUGACAGCUUCAACGGGACAGCCACUUGGGCGACUGCCAGCAUCACUAGGCAAGCUCCACGAAAUCGACCUGGGACAGGAGACCAAGUUGCAAAAUAUUGCGCGAACACAGGCUGCAGCGCGCCGGCUUGCAGGCCAAGAAGACUCGCAGCAGACAGAUGAGUCGAAACAGUCGGCAGAUCGCGCAGGAUCAUCCGGAAAGCAAUGGCGCAAUCGCAAGCGACGCACCAGUGCAGAUAUUGAGCGGGACCGGCUAGUCGAAGAGAUUUUACGUGAGAGUAAAUUGGACGUCUACGAUGAGCCGUUGGAGGAGCCACAGGGUGAUGACCAGGCGGCCGAUGAUCGCAUCGCCGAGCAGUUCCGACGAGACUUCUAUGAUGCGAUUCAAAGUCGACGCAGGAAUCGGCCUGCGAAGACGGCCAAGCAGACCGAUGUACCGAGAGGUCCGAAACUGGGAGGAAGUCGCAGCGCGCGAGCGGCCAUGCGUGAAUCUCAGGCUAAAGCUGCGCGCAAGUAA